UAGUGCUGGUUCCAUCUCUGCAUCCUCCAUAUUUUAUGAGUCGCUUUUGCCCAAAGUCUAAACCAACGAACAACAAACCCAAGAGAGUUGGAAAAGGCUCAAGUGAUUGACAUGGAAGAGGAGGAGGCUGUGAGGUCAAGAUUCAAGAGGGUUUGUGUGUUUUGUGGAAGCAGUACUGGGAAGAGGGAAUGUUACAAAGAUGCUGCCAUAGAAUUAGGCCAAGAGCUGGUGUCAAGGAGGCUGGACCUUGUCUAUGGAGGUGGAAGCAUUGGACUGAUGGGUUUGGUUUCACAGGCUGUGCAUGAUGGUGGAGGCAAAGUUCUUGGGAUCAUCCCCAGGCCUCUAAUGGGUGCAGAGAUAACAGGUGAAACAGUUGGGGAGGAAAGGUCUGUAACCGACAUGCACCAAAGGAAGGCUGAAAUGGCCCGCCAUUCUGAUUGUUUUAUAGCAUUACCAGGUGGGUAUGGAACUUUGGAAGAGUUGCUGGAAGUGAUAGCUUGGUCCCAGCUUGGUAUCCAUGACAAACCUGUGGGUUUGCUCAAUGUUGAUGGCUACUACGACUACCUCCUCACUUUUAUUGACAAAGCCGUGGAUGAUGGCUUUAUUGAGCCUUCCCAGCGCCACAUCAUAGUCUCUGCCACCAAUGCCAAGGAGCUUGUUGAAAAACUUGAGGAGUAUGUGCCAGUGCAUGAUGGAGCCAUAGCCAAAGCAAGUUGGGAGGUUCAGCAACAAGAACAGCAGGAGAAACAACAGGUGGGGUUCAAUGUUGCUUCUGCAGCUGCUGCAUCUGCUACUACUUUGCAGACUGAGAUAGCUUUGUAAAAGAGGAAAGAGGAGGAGGAGGGAUAAGGGAUGAAAGAAAGUAAGUUGUAAGUUAGGGAAAAAGGUGCUUUGGGGCUCUCUUUUGCUUUUGCUUUGCUCUCUGAUUUUGGUCAUAAUAGACCAGCCUAAUACCAUAAUGGUAUGACUAGCUUUGAUUGACAAGUAGAUAAAAGGAAGAAACAUCUGACUGGUCCAAUUGUCCAAUCUUCUUUUGUAUGCUUAAGUUUAAUCAAAAGGAAGGGCCUCUAUGUUUAGGCUAGAAAUAUCAAUAUCAUUAUGCUUGAUGCUUGUAGUUUGUGAUCCUGGAUUUCAUGUACAAAGAUUAUAUGGAGGGAACACGAAGCAAGAUCCAAAAAAUGCCAGCAGCUUUAUUCUCU